CGCUCAUCUGUAUUGUACUUGCUGUUUUUUCGCAGUGCUUCACCAGAUAAUCGGCUAAAAUCUUCAGAAAAAUAAAUAAAAUAUGUUCAGGGAGCAUUUGCGGGAACUGAAAGAUCGACAUUUUAUGGCCCAAGCCUGAAAUCGCGGAGCCUUUGGCCCUGCAGAUUGAAUUUUACUUGCAGAGCGGUGGUGAAAGAGAGGGCGAAUAGCACUGGUGCACCUUUAUCUAUUUGUCAGCCAUGCAUCGGCCAGAAGCAAACAAUCUUAUUUUUAGAGCAUGACUCACCGUAGUCAGUCGUAAGAUCAGUGGAAAACUGUAGAGGACCGCCAACCGGAUGUCCAAAUAUUCCAGCAGCCAGAGAGAUGCCUUCGCCGCGCCCGAGCCCCCAGUAAGCAGGAAAAACCAAGAGCCACGAAAACCCCAGGGGAUUAAGCAACGCGAGCCACUGGUCUUCUUCAUCAUGCGACUGAACCUGAAAGCCGUGCUGCUCAUCCUCACCGUGGCCGUGGUGGUGAUCACUCUGGGCGUCUACAUGCGCUGCGCCGCCUUCUCCUUCUCGCCGGACCUGAUGCGCCCGUUGGACCGGACAGCCAGGCAGUCCUCCAACGGAGGAGAGGCCUCUGCCCUGCAGGACAUUGAGUGCUCCAUCAACCAGGAAUACAGCGUGCACUGCAAGCGGGACGAGAACGCCAACGAGGUGUAUGUGCCGUUCUCCUUCCUGCGCAACUACUUCGACGUCAGCGGAGCGGUCUCCACCGGCGGCAGCGAGGUGGCCCGGUUCAACUGGAUGCACAGCACGGCCAAGGUGAACCUGCCCAAGGGCAAGUACGAUGCGCGCGGUGUCUUCAUGUACUUCGAGAACUACAACGUGGAGGUGCGCGACCGCGUGAAGUGCAUCAGCGCGGCCGAGGGCGUGCCGGUCAGCACGCAGUGGGAGAAGCGCGGUUACUUCUACCCCACCCAGAUUGCGCAGUUCGCGUUGUCGCAUUACAGCAAGAAUCUCACGGAGCCGGCGCCGAGGGUGCGAGUGCUGGAGGACGGUGAUGGCAACCAGAUGGACUGGAGCACGCCCAGAACCAGCAACAUGACCCGCAUCUGGCACCACAAGUUCAACACCAGCGUGGUCCAGUUCGAGACGGCACCUGGCUACGAGGGCGCCAUUAGCAUCGCCCUCAAUCAGACGCUGGACCUGCUGCUCAGCGUGGACCUACUGCUGGUCACCAACAGCAGCAGCCUCAUGGUCACCGUCCAGAACCGGGACACCCGGCACAGCUACACCCUCCACUACAUACCCGCCGACCUGCUGCUGAGCGUGCAGGACUCGAACAUAUACUACGGACUGGGCGGAUCGGCGCUAAACAAGUGGCGCCACAUCACCCGGGACCUGCACAUCGACGUCCAGAAGGGCAUCGUCCUGGGGGACAAGCGCUCGCCACUGAAGAUUCGGCGCUCCGACCUGGAGGUCUUAGCUAUCGGCUUCCUGGGUCUGGGCUUCUACGACAACAUUACUCUGUCCACCAGCGACCACAUGGCUCACUUUUACGACGCGGCAGAGUGGUUUGUCCACAAUCAGGACCCCAAGACGGGUGGCUGGGCCAAUCCUGUGCGUCGCAGCCUCAACGGCUUCGCCGAGCUGCGUCCCGGCUGGAUAUCGGCUAUGGGGCAGGGUCACAGCAUUUCGGUGUUGGCACGCGCCUACUGGCACUCUGGCGGGGAUGAACGCUACCUUCGGGCGGCCGCAGCCGGACUGCAACCUUACAGGGUCUACUCACGGGACGGCGGUGUUCUGGCGCAGUUCAUGGAUAAGUUCUACUGGUACGAGGAGUAUCCCACCACGCCGCCUUCGUAUGUGCUGAACGGAUUUAUUUAUUCUUUGCUGGGUCUCUACGAUCUCAACAGCACGGCUCCUGUCAAAAUCGCCCGCGAGGCUGGGAAACUCUUCGCCCAGGGCAUGUAUUCGCUGAAGAAGAUGCUGCUGCUUUACGACACUGGCUCCGGCACCAGCUACGACCUGCGUCACCUGAGCCUGGGCGUGGCCCCCAACCUGGCGCGCUGGGACUACCAUGCGACGCACGUGAACCAGCUGCUCCUGCUGGCAACUAUCGACAGCGACCCACUGAUCGCGCAGACCGCGGAGCGCUGGAAGGGAUACAUGUUUGGCAGGCGGGCCAAGCACAACUGAGAGUUAAGGAAUCUGGCGGCCUACCGCCGUCGAAAAAGUGAUAUUUUGUAGGGCUUGCGUAUUGCGCUUAACCAUUCUAAAUGGUUGCAUUUGGUGCCAUGCCCUUCCAACACCCUCUCACUCGUGACCCGAAAAUAAUUGUGUGUUUCUCUUGUGUUAUUUCCGCCCCCGUCUUCGUGCUAAAGUAUUGUUUUAGCUCGUCUGUCUAGGCGCCUAUUGUUAAGCUAUUGUACCUUUACCCUCGAUUGCAUUAUCAGAUGUUGGCCUCGUCCUUAAAAAUUUGUUAACUCCCUAUUGAUAGCCUAAUUGUUUGCCCGAGAGUAGAUGCACGCGCACUCACUGGACAAUAUUUAGAAAUGAACAUCUAACACUUAGUCAGACUUUUUUACUGCGCAAACUAAGUAGAGUUCGUUGCUACACACCCCUGUAUAAAGUAAUGUAGAGAGCUUAGCGAAAUAGUUGUAGAACGUAGGUAACAUGUAUCUGUUAGAUACAAUUGUAGACUCUUGUAUUUAGCCUCCCCUCCACGGAGUAAUCGUAGCGUUCCCACUCAAAUACUAACUGCCCUGACCCCGAGUAAAAUAUAUACUAACGAUGCACGAUAAUAACGACUUCUAUAUGGUAAGCCUGUAGUCUAAUGUACUGUAGUGUAUGCAAUUUGAGGAUGUUACGUAUUUCUCUCAACUUAAACGAUGCCAUUCCAAACUAAUUUUAUUUUAAUUCCUAAGUUUUCAACAUCACAGAGAAGCUGUCAAUUAGGCAAUUGUACAUCACUUUAAAUGUAAUCUGCGGAUCCGUUAUCUGUGGCCCACUACUAAUCCCAAAACGAGACUGUUAAAGAAAAUGAUUGAUUUUGAAUAUUAUGUUAAGUGAACCAAAUUAAAGUACUUAAUUUAUGUUCUUUGUA